GCGGGGAAGAGGGUGAAAUAGGGUCAGGAGCUGGACGGAGUCCCCGUAGAGGGAGAAGUAAGAUGACUAUCUUUAAUAAACUCAAUGUGGGUAUCGCUGUCAGCAGUUUUGCUUUAUUUCAACUUAGCUUCCAUGUGCUAAGUUCUUGGAUAUCUUCACGCCUAACAUCUGGUUUUAAUAGUCUUGACCAAAAGAAGAAAAUCGAAUGGAAUACAAGGACAGCGUCUACAUUCCAUGCCUUGGUGGUUGGAAUAUUUUGUGUCUAUAUUUUGUUAUAUGAUGAAGCUAUUAAUGCUGACCGUGUUUGGGGUGAUCCUUCUACAGUGCAACUAAAUCUUGCUAUUACUUCAGGCUACCUCAUUUCAGAUUUGUUGCUUAUUGUAUUUUACUGGAAGGCAAUUGGGGAUAUAUUUUUUGUAAUUCACCAUGUAGUAGCUCUAUAUGCAUACUACUUUGUACUGGAUAGAGGAUUAUUGGCGUAUUUUGCUAAUUUUCGUCUGCUUGCAGAAGUCUCUACCCCUUUUGUGAAUCAGCGGUGGUUCUUUGAAGUGUUGGGAUAUUCUAAAGCUUCAAAAGCCAACAUCAUCAAUGGACUGCUAAUGACCAUCAUGUUUUUCCUAGGGAGGAUCAUAGUCAUUCCAAUUUAUUAUCACAGUGUUGCUUCUGAGUUUGGAACAGAAGCUUUCUACAGAUUAGGAUUUGCAGCUCAAAGCGCCUGGUUUAUCUCCAGUAUUGUAUUGGAUAUUAUGAACUUAAUGUGGAUGGUCAAAAUUACACAAGGAUGUUACAAAGUUAUUUGUCUCAUUGGACAAGCAGACGCCAAAGCUCAUAAAAAUGGCAGCUCUGACAACAUGAAGAAAAACAUUUAAUAGUAGUUUGAGGAAAAUAUACUUCACCAAGGAGAAAAUCUUAAAAAAAAAACCACUGUCUUUUCUGUAAAAUUAUGGAGAAAUUCUUCAAAACAAUACAUUGAUGCAGGUUUAUAUUAUUAGAGAAGAUCUUCAACAUCACUCAGCUCUUGACAAUGGC